GCCCCGGCGGCGUCAAUGGCGGCGGUCGCGGCGGCACUGUAGAACAAGGCGACCCAAACGGAAUCAGGCACCACGGUACUGGCGGUGGCGGCUGGACUGAGGUUCGGCUGGGCGGCGAAACCGCGAUUGUGGCUGGUGGUGGUGGUGGCCUGGGCGGUGGCCACAGCAUCAAUACUGGUUUGGGCGGUGACGGGGGAUUGCCCGUUGGCGCGGGCGUUACCCUAGGCGCUAAUGGGUUGGAUGGGCUCAAUGGGCAGAACCAGCCAGGAACUCCUGGCGGUGCGCAGGGAGGGCAGGAAUCCGCUCCCGGCCUUGGCGGUGUUCACUCCUCACGCGCAACGCUUAACGGAUCGAUGGGAGAUGGCCGCACUGGUGGGAAUGGCGGUCCUGAUCAGGAUCUCGACUCCGGCGGCGGUGGCGGUGGCGGAUACUACGGUGGUGGUGGUGGUGCUGGCACCAUUGUGUACGGCACCGGAGCACCCGUUCAGGACGGCGUUACUGGAGCCGGUGGUGGUGGCGGCGCCAGCUACAUCAAUCCGGACGGCCCUAUCAGCGGGCCGGAGGAUAUAACAUCCGUUGCGGGUCCGCGCGUGAACAAUGGCAACGGACCUAAUGGUGAUGUUCGGUUGGAGUGGGUCUUGUGUGGGUACGACCUUGAGGUCGACAAGCAAGCAAGCCCCGAGAAUGCUCCAGCUGGGUCGACAGUGACGUGGACGGUCUCUGUCACCAACAAUUUCCCGACCCUAUGA